AAAUAACGUUGGCGUUGUUUGGCACCGAAUGGAAACCGAUAUGACCUGGUGGAAUCGUAAAGCGUGUGUUUUCUGACCACGCCGCUGGUUAAUUUUAUAAAUCGCUGUGUGUGGUAGUGUGAUUUUUUUUUGCGCUGGCUUGCACGUCUGUUCUCUUUCAGUGAUAUAACUUUAAGUGACGUACUGUAUUUUUUAGUGUGUUGUUACGAAACUUGCUGCUCUAUAUAUGAAUAAUUGUGAAUUUUUGAUGCUAGUACUACAUGUAGGGUUGUGCUUUUACAUGCCUGUCGGGCCUGUAUUUUAAUUGAUCUUUUUUUUACUAUUGUAACCUCACCACUCAACGAACGUAAUAAGUGGAGUGAGCAGGCAGUGGAGGCAGUGCCUGGUGACAGUCGCAGGCAGCGCCAGUCGGACCACUCUCGUCGUCGCCGGGCGGUGUCAGGCGUGCGGACAUGAAGCCCUACAAGAUGGUGCUGCUCUUCCUGGCCUACCGGCUGGCGUCCGUGUUCCUCGUGCGCACGGCACACGUCCCUGACGAGUACUGGCAGUCCCUCGAGGUGGCCCACAAGAAGGCCUUCGGGUACGGCCACCUGACGUGGGAGUGGACGCACGGGAUACGCAGCUACCUGCAGGUGUCGCUCAUCACGGUCCUCUACAAGCUGCUCAAGUACUUCAACCUGGACUCCGUCGAUGCGGUGGUGCUGGCCCCCCGGGUGUUCCAAGCACUGGUGACGGCGUGCGGGGACUACUACUUCUGGCAGUGGUGCGCCCGGGCGACCGGCACCCAGGGGCUGUGGGCCGCCUACAGCCUCACCACGUCCUGGUACUGGUUCUACUGCGGCUCUCGCACCCUCUCCAACACCCUGGAGACCUUCUUCACCGUCCUCGGCCUGCGCUUCUACCCCUGGAGCGCCUCCAAGCCCCGGCCAGGUUUCCUGCCGCACGUGCUGUUCGCCGGGCUGGCGUGUGUGGUGCGGCCCACGGCGCUCGUCUACUGGGCCCCGCUCUUCCUGUACCACCUGCACGCCUCCCAGAACACGGUCCAGCUGUGCCUCCUGCACUACCUGCCGACGGGGAUGGUGCUGGCCACUGUGUCGUUCCUCCUGGACUCGUACUUGUACGACCGCUGGGUGUCGACUCUGUGGAACUUCGUGCGCUACAACGUGGCGUCGGGCGUGAGCAGCUGGUACGGCACCAGCCCCGCGUACUGGUACCUGGCCGUGGGCCUGCCCGCCGUGCUGUUCGUCCAAGCCGUGCCGCUGCUGUGCGGCGUCUACAGCACCGUCAGGAGGCCCCAGGCGCACAGGACGGAGGCUGUGUUGCUCGCGGUCGUGGCCUGGUCGCUGGCCGUCUUCAGCCUGCUACCUCACAAGGAGUUCCGCUUCCUGCUGCCGCUGCUGCCGAUGCUCACCUUCGUGUCGUCCAGCUUCCUGUCGCGGUGGAGCAGACACGCGGCCAGGUGGCAGCUGUGGGCGGUGACGGUGGCGCUGCUGGUGGGCUUCGUGGUGCCGACGGUCGUGUUCGGGACCCUGCACCAGCGCGGGACCCUGGACGUGGUGGCGUCCCUGUCCCGCACGGCCUCCAAGGACCCUGCCCACACCAAGCUGCUCUUCCUCAUGCCCUGCCACUCGACCCCGCUCUACAGCCACCUGCACGUGGACGUCCCGGCCAAGUUCCUGACGUGUGAUCCGGACUUCUCGGGCCAGGCGGGCUACCUCGACGAGGCGGAGAGGUUCUUCCGCGCGCCCGACGCCUGGCUGAAGCGGCAGUACCCGUCCAACGCCAGCCUGCCGACCCACAUCGUCAGCUACGACACCCUGUACCCGCGCGUCAAGGACUUCCUGGCCCAGCGCGGCUACGCCGUGGCCCAGACGUUCGCCAACACCUUCCUGCCGUACGACGGCGUGGGCGAGUCGGUGUUCGUCUACCACCGCAACUAGCGUCCCCAGACCCCUUCCAGCCGCAGCGAUUCAAACCUUUAGUCCUGUUUAUCGGUCAGCAUUUGUAAACUGUGCCGAAUCCUGUUUAUUGUCGUGUUUUGCUUGAUGUGCUGCAUGAUUGCAUUUUUAUUUUCAGUUCAACUCUUAACAUCCUCAGAUAGUUAGUUUUGUGGUUGUUUUUUUUUUUAUGGCUUUUUAGUGCAGUGUGAAUUAAGUUGUGAUCCUGAAAAAAAAUUUUUUAUCCCACUUUUAAUCAUGUCUUUAUCCAUCACAAUUUAUAUUCCUGCCAACUCAAUUUUGUGAUUGUGUGUUUUUUUUAUUGUUUUUUUAUUCUAAGAAGUGUUCUCAGCCGUUAAUGACAUCCUUUGCUUCUUUCGAGUGUGCUGGUGGCAGUUAUUGAACGUGAUUGGUUGGAUGUCUAGCAGCAAGCACUUAUGUGAUAUUUGUUGCUCCUAUCAGAACACCUAGGGGUGUGCAAACAAUUUUUGAACAUUUUUGCUCAACAGUAUUUCCUGGGGAGACCCCUCUUUUUUUUUUGGGCGUAAUGGCGAGGCAGACGGAUAUCCUCAUCAACUCCAUUAAGGAGUCACUAAGGUACCGUGAUGAAUUCGUGAACAAGUUUCACGAUGCAGAGGACGUGAUUAGUGCCCUUGGAAUGUUGGAUAUCGCGACGGAUAUCGCGAGGAAGAGGAAGCCAGCGUGAAAUGUUUUGUGGAAACAUUUCUCUGAGGGUCCCGCUAGGUGUCGACCAGAAAACUGAACUUGGGUGAGCAGGAGUAUCUCGGCCUCGCCCACCGGCUGACAUCACGACAUUGUGCCUUGUACGCGCAGCUGUCUGCGUGCACGCAUCACGCUUUUUCCGCCGGAUGCAUGCCAAAUGAACUAGGCGAGUUUUCAAAAACUGCAUUUACCUGUAUUGCUUAUUUUUAUAUUUAAAAAUAAAAAUAUUACGACUAGUUUUUAAUCGCAGUUGCAUAAGUAAGAGAAAAUUGUUAAUAGGGCUGUGCGAAUACUGCUAUUAUUUUACAAAAUGAAAAUAGAACUAAAGCAAACGUUAUCUGUCAAUAUUGUUUUCACAAUAGUAAAAACUUUUUUUUUGUGCAAUAUGUAGUUUAAACUGUAUUCUGUAAUUUGACUUUAGUAAAGAAUAUUAAUUACUUUAUAAACUGAUGAUAUACUUGAAGAAAGAAAAUAAUUUAUGCCAAUUUUCAUAGUAUUGAGCAUUGCUAAUAAUUAUGCAAUUUCUCGCAAUGGAAAUUAAAAGUAAACAUUUCACAUUUAAAGUUGGUUACUUUUUAGCUAAUUUUAAGUCAUCUUGAGUUGUGAGUUGUCUCAUAUUUAAGUUACCCUUUUAUUUAUUAUCUUACAAUCAAUGUCACUUCAAUGGAAGUGUUUUUAUAAUUUAUUUUACCAUACAUUAAAUGUUAGUGACAUUUAAAUUUUCACAUAUAUUGGAGGUCGUCAUACAUUUUGAUAAUCAUCUUACAUUAGUACCUGGUUAUUAGAUUGCUGAUUGUAUCACCUUCAUUUUACAGUCCCAGUAUUUUCUUCAUAAAUUAAUUUCCUCUUUACAACUUUUCACAAUUUAACUUUUUCUAUUAUUUAUUUAGUUUAUAUUUUUAUUUUUAACAUGCCUAUCAACAGUUAAGGCUAUUUAAGAUAUAUACAAUACUCAAAUUCAAAUACACAAUAGAAAAACAUAAUACCAACUGACAGGACUAACAUUAAAAAAAACCAGACUGUGAGUUGGUCACUGCAGUGUAUGGUAGGCACCACGAGACACGGCCCAUGAAUAAACUUAAAAUAGUUAAAUAUCCUUUAUAUAGUAAAGCUCAUCAUACUAUUAAGCUGCCUACUGAUUUGCAUCAAGACAGAAAAUAUAUAUUAAAUGCAAUAUAUCUUAGGAAUGAUGCCCCAAUAGAAUUAGACAUCUUUAAGCAGGACUUAAUUUAUUGAGAGUUGUUUUACAUGAUGGCUUUUGGUCAUAAUGGUUCCCAAAAAAAUUAAACAUAGCAUAUUAAAUUAAUAAAUAACAAUAAUGUUGUUUGCAGUAUUGAUAUAAAAAAAGAUAAUUAAUUUAAUACAGUUCCUAAAUAUUUAGUUACUACUCAAGUUCUUACACUACCUUAAUAUCUUUAAAAAUCAUUAAAUUUCACUUAUAAUCCUUAAAAACCCCUUAAUGGAGUGAUAGUGUGCAAAUAAGGGAUAAACACUGUUGUUUUAACGUGCAUGACAAAUAAUGCAUGCGCAGUAUGCAAAUUGUGAUUUUCGAACCAUGUGAUUAUAUUUGAUGUAUAAAAAAUGUUUUGAAUUUGUUUUUCAUAAUUAGCAUCUCACCUUUAAACUAAAAAGUGUUCCGGAGAUAAUACUAGACAAUAAGGGCUUAUCUGCAAGAAAAGAACUAAUCAACAAAAUUAUUUUUUGUGCAUUAUCUAUUUAACAUUAUUUUCGUGAUGUAUCAUAGGUAUUACAAAUGGUUUUCUACCUCUAUAUAGCAUUAAACGGGCCCUUAAAAACUCCUUAAUUUUUGAUUGCCAAGAGUGUAGGAAGCAUGAGACAUUUAUAGCACUCUACAUUUUUUUUUCUCCCCUCUCUGUGAGAAACGUUAAAACAGCGUUCUUCUAUUUAAUAUUCAUGGAAAUCUUAAUUUUAGGUUGUAUCACAUUCACUGUCAAUCUGCAUUCUGUUAUUUUACAUUUUAUUUCAUCUUAUAUUAGGGGUCAUCCUACAUGACUGCAGGAUAAAUACCUUAAAAUUUAAAAAUUGAAAUCAAUGAUUAAUUGUUUUUUUUAUUUUGAAAAGAACAUAUUUAACUCUAAACUUGUGCAAUAAUUUCAUGUUUUAACUAAAUAAACAUUCAAUAAGCGGUUGAAUAUUCAUUUGAUUGUAAAAAUUUCUUAUACAUUUGUUUACUAGCGAAUAUUCGCACAACUCUUACUGUCAUUGUAAAUGUAUUGAAGUGACAUGUGGUGAUUCACUAAGAAAUUUUAAGUGAUUUUCUGAGCUCACUCGGGUCAAAUUAUAAUCCACUUACAUAUUUAUUUAUUUUAGUUAAAUUAAAAUUCUAAUGUCACCAUUGUUUUGUAUUUAGCUUUGUAUUUGCUGUGUUGGCUGCAAAGUUCAGAGAUUUAUCAUGUAAGAAUCUGUGGAUGUUUGAAAUCUUUUUUCAAUACUGACAAUACUAGUAAAAUUGUUUGUAAGUGUGAAAAUUGUAAGUUGACCUUACUGUUGAAAUUAGUGAAAUAUUACUUUGGAGUAUAUUUUCAUAGUCUUUUAAUGCAUAUUGUAUUACAUAUCAAUUUUUUUUAGUUGUACUUAAAUGUGUGAGGUGCAAUACAUAUUUUUUAAAAAAAAUUAUAUGAAAUGUAAUUAAGUGCAUUUGGUUACAAUUGAAUGAAUAACCGUUUGAAAUAAAUGUGUGUCGGUUCAGGUUGGGGGAUUGUAGCGAAGUUGGGAAAAUGCUGGCUAAGCGUCCGGUGUGUUCCCGCGUGUUGCCAGGCAGUGAUCGGGGGAGGCUUCGUAGACACCAGCAUGUGUGUAGAUCUGUGGUUCUACAGGCUGUCUACAGAUCACAGAAUCCAUGAAGAAGUAACGUAACCGAAGGACUGGUAACAAAAGUCACAAAAAAGUCCCUAAAUAAGCAGCACUGCUGCUGGAAAGUCACAAAACUUAUAGUUACAUCAGCCUUUUGUGGACUUACAAUUAUUUUUGUGAAGCCUCACGUCAGGUUAUUGUAGAAAAUCUUGUAUUGCAUUUGCUCAUGUUUAAUUUUGGUUAUGCAUGUAGAUUUAGAAACCACCCUUUGAUUUAAAAAAAAAAAUUACAUGUAUAAAGUUUGUGAAUAAGUCCUGGAAUUUGUUCACUAGGUGUUUGUAGAAUUCCUGUUUCUAGGAGCCAGUGGGAAGCAUAAGCCACAAGGGCAGCUCAAGGUACAGUUGAGGACCGUGUUGUGCAGUGACGAGAGAAAGUGUACUUGUAUGUUAGAACCCCGAGAUGAAGUGCUGUACCGGGGUGGACCUGACGAAUGGGAACACGCGAGCCCCGGAAUGGGGGAGGCAGUUCCGCCCCGAUGAUCGAGGCAGGUGAAUGAUUCGGAGCGAGAGAUGGUCGAAGUGCACGCACGACAGGGUGGGAGGAUGACUGCGAGCCACCAUUUGCGGAACGUCGCUCGACCAUUGUUCCUUCUGGCCGGGUAUCUGCCCCGUCAUGUUUGUGCAACAGGAGUUAAAUGCGAGCGAGUGUGUCCGCGACUGGGCCAGUGCCAAUGCCCUCGGCUAGCAAGACGUGUGGUGUGUGUUUUUUGUUUUCGUGCCAAACGAGCCAGCCAAUCAGCAGCGACAAAUACCUGCUCGCUGCAGCAAAGCCCUCACCAUGCUGCUGGGAUGGAGCUGGUUUCUGACGUACUGGCUCGGCAGUGUGUUUUCGUAGUGUAGUUUUAUAUUAGGCUUCUAACAGAGUGCACGCUGUGAUGUAUUUAUGACAGUUGACAUUUAUACUCUGAAAGAGUUUUUUUAUUUGUAUGAGGAUUACUCGAAGGAGUUUUUGAUAAUUUUAGAAGCCAUAUUUCAUCCCGAAUUAAUACCCAGUAUAAGGUUGAAUUGAUAGUGUUAUAUGAAUAAUUCAACAUUUUUUUAAUUUGGCCAUUGUUGGAGUUCAUCUGAGCCAAAUCUAUUUGGGGAGGAUAAAUAAAAUGUAGUGAUUGAAAUUUUGUGUGUGUUUAUACAAAGUAGUGUGCAUGAUUGUGUGUGGAAAAAAAAAAUACUUCAUGAUGAACAUGACAAUAUUAAUAUUAUGUUCUUCAUUUUGUUUGAAAAAAAAAUUGUUUUUAAUGUUUGUAAUUUUUUAAAUAUUGUUACUAUUGUUUUUGUGAAUAUUGAUCUCUGUAAGUCAGAAAAGUACAACCCCCACCCCUUGUCUUCCCCCGUAUGUCUCGUGGCUCGGGCAGCGUAGCUUGCUCCGUAGCAGGUGGAUUCUGGUUCCUGAAGGGCGUUUGAACAUGCUGUGUGCUCAAGUGUUGCUUGUUUAUUUCCGAUGGUGUAAUGUCGGUAGCAUCUGACCAUCUGACUGUCCGGUGUAACAGAUGUUGUCUGAGCUGCGUGUGAACUUUAAAACAUUAUCAGUGAUUUGCAACUCGCUACAGCGUGGGCUGUUUGCAUUGUGGUUGAAGAUUCUUAAAAUUGAGCUUUCACUACAGCAGAGCAAAAAUAAAAAUUAAUGUGUUGAUGUAAAAUAUUAAAUUCUGUUUGUACAAGAACGACUCCUAUAUUUGAUGACCGUUAACAUGUUACGUGUUAAUAUUAUCAAAAAUGGGGUUUUUAUUUUCUCUAAUGUAAACUUGUGUUUUAACUAUUGCCUGGUUAAUCAUUAUCAGUUUUCUUACAGAAGAAUCAUUUUCUGCUUUUCUGCUUGAAAUUCAACAAACAGGAUGAAGGAGCUAAAAGUGUAUUGUUGGAACUGGAAUGUGUAAUGUACAGAAAGAGCAAUCGCCAAUGGCUACUAGCGUUCUGGGCUGUCAACACAAGGUUACAAUUCAGGAGCCAGAUCUUACCAAGAGGUGUACUGUAAUAUGUUUUGUGUGCAUUUGUAUGUUUUUAGGAAACAUGAAGUAAUGAUUUAUGUUAGUAGUUUAAGAAAUUUGUUAAUUUAUUGGUCUGACUGAGAUUUUAAUUUUUUUUUUUUAAAUACGUAGGGAGUGUCUUGCCAUUGAAUGCAGGUGGCAUAAACAAGUGAUCUGUAGAUGAUGGGUGCAUGUGGCCAGUUUAUUUUGAUAUGACUGUACAUACUGUACUGUUGACUCCUGCCUCUGGUAGACACUAUGACUGUAUGUGACCAGUUUGAACCUUGACAUACUUGAGCUCAAAGUAUACACCCUAAAGUUCUGUCUGCCUCCUUAGUCACUUGCCAGCGUUUAUUCUGCAAAUCGUCAUUCUCAGGUCAUUAUUUCAUUCUCGAGUGUGGGUUGAGUCAUGAAAGCAGUGGAGUGUGGUUUUGAAUACAAGGCUGAAAUAAAAUCCAAUAGAAAUUCCUUUGAAUAUACUGCAGUUUAUUUUAUUUUCGUGCAUCUUGCUAUCGACAUAUUUAUUUGCAUCUUGCCAGAUUUAAGACCUACUGUUAAGAUCUGCUUUUGCCCACUUUGCACUAGAUCUCUCGUUCCCAGUAGCGGAUCCAGAGGGGGGGCUAAGGGACUCAAGCCCCCUCCAAAAGCAUCUGGGUCCACUAUUGUUUUAGUGUUUGCCUUGAUAAAGCCUAGCCUCAGCUGGGUCAAGCCCCUCCCAAACCAAAAUCCUGGAUCCGCCACUGCUCGUUCCAUUGGAGGAUUCAUACCGUGCAGAACUGUAACGGCCCAUAAUCGACCCGUUGCCUUGUUUAGCAGUCACCUGCAAGUCUUGUACAAGAACAAAAUUGUGUUCAGUGGCUGGGCGAGUUGUAUGCGCGGUGGCCAGCGCAACUAUGCCGUGCCUGACAGCAGCGCGCAGGUGAGAACCAGCCGUGCAGCGACACUGGCGACGCUCGUGACAACUGCGUGGUGCUCUGUGCCGUGCAGUGUUAAAAUUAUUUUAUUCGGGGCAACGAAGAUAUAUAUUUUUUUUGAUGUGAUACCCAUUGUGAAGUUCAUGUAUCGUGUGGAACAAUUUUUCGUGGAAAUGUCUGAGAUAAGUAUUCUAUUUUCUUUCAAAUUAUUCAGUUUAUUUCACUUUUAUAAGGUAAAUCUGUGCCGAGCCGGGUAGUUCGCGGUAGUUUGCAGUGCCAAAGUCCAACCACGCUGGAAUCCAUCACAGGAGAACAGACCAGAUGUUAAAUUUGCAGCGUGCAUGACUUCGGCUAAAAUUGUUUUGUCUAUAAGCAGACAUCACUUGCCAUUCUUAACAUCAUAGUGUGUUCAGCUGAACCAGGCAAGGCAAUCUCGGAGGAUUGUGCUCAGGCAUGACUGGGCGUGUCACAGACGUCCGUGGUGACGCGGCGUUGCCAGUUGCGCUGAUGGUUGGUUUACACGCGCCAACUUAGCAUGUAGCUGUUCCUCGGGAAUUAAAAUUAGUAAUUUGAGUUUUUUUUUUCUGUACGGUCAAACCUCAUUAAUGCAUGCCUAAGGAGGCUGUAAUUUUGAUACUCAAUAAGAACUGGUUUAACAAAUUAUUUGAAAGGUAAAUUUCCCAAGUAUACCUUAAAUGAUAAUAUUUUCUGCAUAUAAAAUCAAUAAUAAAUAAUAUUUAAGGUGGUAAAUGUUUGUUUAGUUUUUGCAAGUAAAUGUCAAACUGCGUAGUCACGCCUAUUUUUUUGUGUGAGCAAAUUAAUUCCAGGGAUGGUGUCAUACAAAUUUAUUUUUGAACCAAUAAUACCCUAGGAAUGAUGCUCGAAUAAAAGUUUUUUUUUUUGCUGCUUGGAUUCAGCUAUAGUUUGAAGAAAUGCAGGUAUCUGUAUUUUUUUGUAGAACUUUCCACAUAAAUUAGAAACUCCUUACGCAUUAAUACCAUAAAAAAUUAGUUCAUUGCGAAGUUAAAAAAGUUGUGGAGUUUAUACUACACGUACUGUUCUUUCAUGCAUUACCUACUGCAGAAUGCAUCAGACUCACAACUCGUGCCAUGUGAGUGGCAUUACAAACUGCUGUAACUCAUUCGUACGUAAUUUUUAUUCCUUUGAUCAGUGUAAGAACAUAACUUCCUCUGCUAUUCAUUUCUUUUGAGUUUUGUCCCCACGCCACAUCCAGAAUUGGCAGGGUUUCAACAUUAUGAAAAGUUGUAAUUGGUCAGGGUAAGUCAGGGAAUUUACUUGUAAUCCUCAAGUGAUAGUAAUUUUAGGGUAGAUGGUAGCUCCAUUCUGCUGUUGCCCAGUAUGUGAAAGAAAUUUUUUCCCCAGAUGGUGUUUUGGUGCAUAGUUCUGUUUGAACUAGGCCAGCGAUAGGGAUGGUGGAAACUGGAUUUUCCUUUUCUCUUAAAAAACUGCAACAUAGGUGAAGUACUGAAACAUAAAAUUCAUGGAAAUUUGAAAUUUAAUCCAGAAAAUUUUAUCACAGAUUUGUCUGGAUGAGACAUUGCUUGCAUUACAGUGUUGACAAAUACACAUUUAGUUUAUUUUUUUUCAACCAAUAUGUUUACGUUCCCUAAUUUAUUUUUAAAAAAUUUUCUGGACAAACUACAAUGGUACUUUGCAUUAUUGGGACAUUUAUCAAACCAGUUUUGCAUUAAUGAGGUUGCACCAAGGUAGUUAUAAGUUUUGUCAUGCUUAUUUUACAGCAGCUUACUAUCAUACUUGCUGAAUCAAAGAGAAGCAAUAAAAUUUUGGUAAACUGCAAAUACUUUUUUAUUGAUAGAUGUGUAUUUGCUGGUAGUGUUAUAGGGAGAAAAAGUUUUUAAUUUUGUAAUUGUGUUACUUUUAUUUAACAAUACAGCAAGUACAAAACAAGAAUGUAUGUAAUGCUGAAGUAAUGCAGCUUUAAAAAGUUUUAUAUUGAGACAUUUCAUAAAUAAAUAGUUUAUUGCAACUGAAUUUUCUUUGUGACUAUCCCAUCUUGCUUCUGUGUUUGUGUAAGUGAAUGAAAUAUGUAAUAAGUUAGAAAUUAUUGUGUAUGCAGUUAAACAGCAAUGCAAUUGAAGAAAAAAAAAUGAAGUUUUCUUUUAUUAAGUGCUUAUCAAUAAGUGGUUAUAGGAAAUUUUGUUAGCUGACCCAUACAAAAACAAAUUGAAAGUAGUAGUUUGUAGCAGUGAUUGGGGAAUCCAUGCAUUUGGACAUUCAACCAGUAACUGAGCACUAGUUCUAAGAGUGGAUCUUACGUAGGGGCUCCAAUCUAUGAACUGGUGACUGUAAUCUUAUUUAGCAAUAAAAUUGAUUUUCACAUAUCAUUUAUCAGUGAAUUCUGAGGUAAUAAUCCACCAUAGUCAGGUUAUUUAUACAUGUAACUGGUUAUGUGCUGAGAAUUUCGGUUAGUUUAAACAAAUGAUGAUGACACUUGAUUAAAAUCCACUAGUUUGUUACAUAUAAGAAAUGCUAGCUAGCAUCUUACUUGGAUAACACAAAUUUGGUUUUCUUUCCCCUUGAGACCUAUCGAAUCCUUCCUUCUCUUGCGGACACAAGUAUACAUCCUGCAUGCUACAUAAUAUAGCUUUAUAAACCGCAUGAAUACAUCCAUCAUACUCAGAAACUAAGUGAGUUGAGUAUCGAAAUACAUAGGCUAUAGGGAUUGCAUUUGUAGUCGGAUGGAGAAAAUUGGCUACAUUUGUUGCCGUUCUAACCGUAUGGGGAGUAAC